AUGAAUGAUUCUAAUAAUGAAUUUAAUUUUUCAUCUGGCCAAGAUAAAGAAAGUAAUGUCGAAUUAUUAGCUUCAACAUCUAUAUCUACUUCAGCUUUAUCUACCUUGUUUUUUGAAAGAUAUACUGCGUUGGAAUUAUUAGAUAAUAAAGAAGUAGAAGUAGAAAAGGUUUCUUGUAAAUUUGAAGAUUGCGAUACAGAAUAUGUAUGGCUAGGAUUAACCAGUAAUUGUAUAACCCAUCUUCAUGAUAUACACCAAAUCACCAAAGAAUCACUUAAAAAUACAUUAGUAAAAGCAAAGCAACAAACAAUUUGCCAAACAUCAGAUACUGUUUCUUUAACCUUUGAUCUUUGGUCAUCACAAGCACAUGAUAGCUAUCUUGGAAUCACUUGCCACUGGCUUACAGAUUCAUUUGAUUUGCAUGAGAUCAUACUUAACAUUGGAGAGUUGAAUAAACAUCAUGCAUCUGAUAUUGUUGAAUCUGUUAAUUCUGUUCUUAAUAAAUUUAAAAUUAAUUGUCAAACCAUUUUUUCUAUUACUACUAAUAAUAGAUCCAAUGUCAGAUCCACAGUGCAACAAAUAGGUAUUUCUAAUGUGAAAUGUGCUGGGCAUACACUUCAAUUGAGUGUCAAUUUAGGUUUAAAGAAAGUUGAUAAAAUCAUUUCAAAAUGUAAAGCACUUAUCUCAAUUUUAUCAAAAGAAAAAAAACAUAGACAACUUCAUGAAGCUCAAUUACAGAUUACUUCAGGGCUUAAAGAGCUACUUGAUGUUAUUAAAGAUGUGAAUACAUGUUGGAAUUCUACUCUUUAUGCUAUUGAACGUCUUGUAUAUUUAAAACCUGCUAUCAUACAAUUAUACUCAACUCUUACUAACCAUACAAUUAGGAAGGUCAGAAAAGGAGCAGAAACCAUGGGCCCUUAUAUUCCUUUUUUGGAAAAAUUUGAAUUAUUAGAAGAACUUAUCAAAGUUCUUUUCCCUUUUGAUAAAGCCAUUCAAUUUUUAAGUGGAUCGAAGUAUCCAAUACUGGGUUUCAUGACACCAAUUUUGGAAGAACUUGCUUGUCAGCUUAGAUAUUUUAUUGGACAAAAUAGUAUGGCAAUUCUUGUUAAAGAUACAAUUUUAGACAAUUUAAUUGAACGGUGGAGUAAUUCAAAUGAAAUAGGCAUGUGCUGCUCCUUCCUUAAUCCAUGUUUUAAAAAGCUAAAUUUCUGCACUAGUGCUUUAUGA